UGGUCGCACAGCAGCAGGUCUUCUACCCCAGGCUCAGUGGGCAUGUCUGAUACUGAGGUUUCAGGGGCGGAGUCUGUCUUCUCCCCUCCCCCUAUCCAGCCCCCCGGGGUUCUCCUCCCCAGUGUUCCUGGGGGUGCCACAGGGGGAGAAGUGGAGCAAGUGGAUGGAACAACCAUUUUGGACCCUCUGCUGGGACCCACUCAGGAAGGGGAGGGGGGAAAGGGCUGUGAGACCCCCAAACCGCUGCCCAAACCCUGUCUUCCUCCACUGGAGCAUGCAUCCACAUCCAGCCGACCCAAGGAGUGCGCCGGCCCUAACCCGGAUUAUGAGAUCCGGGAGAGGGAGACUCAGUUGAGUGCUCCCCAGAGAGAGGAGGAUGAGUGUGGAGGCCCUGUAGGGAUAAAUGCCUCAAAGACAACCAAUGCCCACCAGGGUCAAAGGUCGCCCCCUGCCUCCACCACCCCGGCUCUGCCCACCCAAAUAAGCCCAGCCACAAGGGAGACUGCACUGCCAGGGAGGGCCUACAGGUGGCGCUGGACCCCGGAGCAUAAGCUGCAGCCGGAGCUCAAGCCUGAGAGCAGGAGGGUGAAGCGCCACCCUUCACCCGGAUCAGACGAGAGCGACAUUCCUCCCUUUGCUGAACGCAUGCGCUUCUUUGAGGAGACCAGCAGGAGUCGUUCCGUCUCACACCUGCCUGGGCUGGUGUGCCGCGCCCAGAGGCCCAAGGUGCACCCCACAAACCACAGGAGGUACUCUGACCAGGACACUGAUCUCUACUGCCCACCAGAGGGAGGAGAGCCCUCGAACCCAGAGCAAAACUGCAGCAGCAGUGCACACAAGCCAGAGGAUCCCAAGCUGGGCCUGAAUGUAGAUAUACAGAGCAGCAAGUCCCUCUGUGAUUCUAGCACCUUCUGUCCAGUCACUGCCCUGGGCCCCCAGGACCGCUCUGAACAGCAGCAAGAAAUAAGCUCAAUUAGCAGCACUCCAGCAGAGGUAGAACUCAGGAGGGAGAAUGAACAAACACAGCCCAAUAGGAAAUUCAGCCCAACACAGAGGGAUCAACGCUGCACAGGAGACCUCCAGACAGCAGAGGGAGCUCUAACACCGGACUGCCAGAGCCUGUGGGAUGCAUCUGAAGCACCUGAGAGACUGUUAGCAUGCAGCGUGGAAGUAGAAGCAGAGCAGAGCCAGGAGCAAGCGGCCGCCGGUUCCGAAAACAAAACCGGCAUCUGUGAGCGGUUGAACAGAUGUGCUGCUCCACACCGAGGUGGGAUCGUGGAGAGCAACGAGCCCCCAAGAAGGAAAAGGGACCCCCCGCCUCGCCCUCCACCUCCAAACUGGGCACAAUUCCGCCACAGGAGGGCAUCCUGUCAUAACCUGCUCUCCUCUCCCCCUUCCCCACCCCCUUCUUUGAGCAGGCGUGAGAGCCCCUUACACCCCCUCCCCUGCCCUGAGGUCAGCCGCCAGCGCUCCCACAGUUUCCCCCUCAGAGACGGAGGGGAGUGCCUACUGCAUGGCCCCACGCUGACUCCAGGUCCCACUGUCCCACAGAACCCCACCCUAAUGCACAGGGUGUUCAGGCCUGUAGCACCGCCUGCGGAGCAAAACCCGCCACUUCGAUACCCAACCCUACCCUUCGAUGCUAUGAGGUUGACUGACAUGCGUAUAGCACCUCAGCCACAACCUAGGUUCUAUGCCUUGAAGGGGAGCCCUGUCACCAGGGAUGACAGACGUGAUGCACUGAAGCAGCAGAUGGAGGCAGAGAGGGAAAGACGUCCUACGAGUGACACUCAACACAGAUUAGAAGCACCUGUGUACAGUGUUCAGUACAGUUCAGAAGUACCUGUGGGAGAAAAUGGCUCUGUAUUAAAGGGCCACUUACCAGAGCCGUACUUCACCAUGACCUGUGGGCCACAAAGGCGGACAUCCGGUGGGAACCCGAAGCCAGAGACCACACCCACCCAUAAUGCAGUGGCGGCAGCAGCCACCCCACAUGGGGCCCAAGAUACAGCAGCUCCUCAUAUUAUAGCACCUCCUCAGCUGGGGACCAGCUCCUAAGUCAGGCCAGAGAGCUGCCAGGGAGGAAGGAGGAGGAGGAGGAUGAGGAGCUCUCUUACAAGAAGCAGCAGCUGAUAGAGCGUUUGCGGCGGAAGCUGGGCGUGCUGCGGGAGGCCCAGCGGGGCCUGCAGGAGGACGUGCGGGCGAACGCCCGGCUGGGCGAGGAGGUGGAGGCGCUGCUGCAGGCCGUGUGCCGGC